AAAGUGAUUUUUCAUUACCCUUUGACCAAACCAAACCCAAAAACACAAACAAACUCUCUUUCCUCUUUUUCUUUUCUUUAUAUCAAAACACAACACAACACAACCCCUCUCUCCCUCCUUUCUCUCUCUUUCUUCAUCUCAUAACACUUUUUUUUCUUCUUUUUCCAAACCUUUCUUUCUUUCAGGUUAAUGCAAAAAUGGCAGUUGAUUUCAUGGGCUAUAGAAAUGAAAAGAAAAACAACAACAAUUUCUCAUCUAAACUUGAAGAAUCAGCUGCUGUUAAAGAAGCAGCUGCUGGUUUAGAAAGUGUUGAAAAACUCAUCUUAUUACUAUCCCAAUCCCAAUCCAAAACACCCCAAUUUCACAACACUAUUAAAAAUCAUCAUUCUUCUUCUUCUUCUUCAAUGGAAAUUGGUAUGGAUUGUCAAGCUGUUGCUGACGUGGCAGUCUCCAAAUUCAGGCGAGUUAUUUCUCUUCUGGGUCGGACUCGAACCGGUCACGCCCGAUUCAGACGAGCUCCAUUGCCACCUCAGCAUAAUAACAAUAAUACUGAACCUUCUAGAGUUUAUUACGCUACUCCGAUUCAACAGAUCCCACCACCAGAUCAAAACGCUGUCGUUUUACCCAUUACUAAAAAGGAAAACACUUCUACAACAACAACAACUAUUAAUUUUUCUAAUACUACAACGACGUCGUUUUUGUCUUCUGUUACUGGCGAUUCCGAUACUAAAUCACAUCAUCAUCAUCAUCAUCAUCAUCACCAUAGCCAUAAUCAUAAUAAGCCUUCGUCUUCUUCGCCUGGUUUUCAGAUUACUAAUCUUUCUCAGAUCUCUUCAGUUGGAAAACCACCCAUUUCGACUUCUUCUCUUAAGAGAAAGUGUAGCUCUGAGAAUUUGGGUUCCGGUAAAUGUACCAGUGGUUCCUCCGGCCGAUGCCAUUGCUCCAAGAAAAGAAAACUAAGGUUGAAGAGAGUUGUGAGAGUUCCAGCUAUAAGUUUGAAAAUGGCGGAUAUUCCACCAGACGAUUACUCUUGGAGAAAGUACGGUCAAAAACCCAUUAAAGGAUCUCCACACCCAAGGGGAUAUUACAAGUGUAGCAGUGUACGAGGUUGUCCAGCUCGUAAACAUGUAGAGAGAGCUCUUGAUGAUCCAUCAAUGCUUGUUGUUACAUACGAAGGUGAACAUAAUCACUCACUUUCAGUUGCAGAAACCUCAAAUCUCAUCUUAGAAUCAUCUUAAAAAAAAAAAAAAAAAAAAGAAGAAGAACAAGAAGAAGAAGAGAGUAACGACGUCGUUUUACGACAAAGUCAUUGGGCGUUUCGAUUUUCAAGAAAGGAGGAAUCUUUGUUUUUAUUAGAGCAGUAUAGUAAAAAAAAAAAAGUAAAGUAAAAGUAGAGUACAACUCGAGCUGGUGACUCGGCCAGAACUCAGCUCUGUCUCGAAGGAGAAUUUUUUUUUUUUUUUUAAAUUAAUUAGUGGGUUAGUUUAAUUUUCACUGUACAAUAUUAUUAUUAUGGUAAUGGGAUUUGAUUCCUUUUUUAUUAUUAUUAUUUAAGAAAAAAGAUAUUAUUAUUAUUAUGAAAAAUGAAAGAAUUAGUCCAAUCUGAAAACACUAAGGUGGAUUUGGUAUUUUUAAGUAGAAAAAAAAGAAAAAGAAAGGUUUGAUUUUUUCGUAAUGGGAAAAUGGAUUGCUUUAUCUUUGGUUCU